AUGUCCCUCGUGUCUGCGCAAUUCAAUGGAAACAAUUACCUGACUUGGGCAAGAUCCGUCAAGAUAGCACUCGGAGCCAAACAAAAAUUGGGCUACAUUGACGGAUCCUAUGUGAAACCUACUGAAGACAAAGAAGCCAUCGAACGGUGGCAAAGAAAUGACUACAUGGUAGUCUCAUGGAUACUGAGCUCCAUAUCAAAAGAGAUUGCAGAAGCAUUCCUGUAUACCAACUCUGCCAAAGACUUAUGGACAAAUCUUGAAACACGGUUUGGUGAGAGCAAUGGCCCACUUCUUUAUCAAAUUCAAAGAGAGAUCACCUCCAUUACCCAAAAAAAUUCUACUGUUGCUGUCUAUUUUACAAAACUCAAAAAACUUUGGGACGAAUUAGGAUCUUUGGAUCCUUUGCCUGUAUGCACGUGUGGAGCGAGCAAGAAGAUGUCAGAGAAAAUCACCUCCCAAAAACUAAUACAAUUUCUUAUGGGACUAGGCGACACAUAUGAACAAGUGAAGAACCAAAUAUUGCUUAUGGACCCGCUACCUACAACUGCUAAAGCUUGCUCCAUGGUGCACAGGAUUGAGAAACAAAUGGAGGUAAAUUUUAGGACCUCUGAAGUUGGACGAGAAGGGGUUAUGGCUGUACAAGUUGCUGAGAUUAAAGGACAAGAAAAUGUGAAGAUGAAUUUCAAGAAAGGGACAACGCUUGAUAAGAAACACCUGCAAUGUGAUCACUGCAAGAAAAAGGGACAUGUGAAAGAAGGUUGCUUUGAACUUGUGGGAUACCCUGAAUGGUAUAAGAACAUGAUGGAUCAGAGGAAAAUUGGAAGCAGACCAACCACUGCAAGAACCAUGAAUUCAAGGGUUAACUAUCAAGCCAACAAUCUAUGGACAAGCUUGAAUGGAAAUCCAGAUUCAGACAUCACAGAUCUCAUUAGAAAAGAGAUGCACAGAUCAUUCAAGAACAAAACACUAGCGAAAUGA